CAAAGAUCUGCUCAAGCCUGGCCAUCGUAAACUUUCUACUUCUCAAGCAGGUGGCGGAGAGUAAUUUAAAGCUCUUGCUAGAAAACAACCGCAGGGGUUGUUUAUAUUCGGCCAUUUGCUUUAUCGCUCCCAUUAAGCCCUGGCACGAUCAAACGGCCGCGGAGCUGUGGCGGUUGAAAGCUCCGUGUUAGCUAAACAAAUCUUACGGACGAUGACGCUGUAGGACCACCUUUCCGAAGGAAUCUGAAUGGGGGGGGGGGCGUCUUUGUCCAAAAAGCGCAAGCAUGUGCCGUCUCUCCCGGAGUUUGAGUAACAACUGCCAAAGCAUCUAUCGGAAAAGGGGCCAAGCUCCGCCCCAGUUAGGUUGCACAGACCCGGAGUUCCAGGACCGUUUUUGAAUAUAGGAGCGCCUUGUGACGAGAUUUGGGUUCCUGUUCAGUUUCUCGGAGGAAAAGCGUCGCGGAACAGUCGAGGAACUCCAUUCGAACUGAAUGGAUUGGCAUGGGGAAAAGCGGAUCUCAAAACCUGGCUAACGGGCGGCUUUGGAUCUCCAUACAUAUUAUGAUGUUUUUGGUUUCACUGUGGCCCGGACCAGCUCGCUGCCAGGAGUGCCGCAUCCAGCGCUGCAACGCGGAGUACGUGGCCUCCACGUCGCCCUCUGGUGGCCAGCCGCAGGAGGAGGAGCCGGCGGCGGAUGCGGCGGCCCGGGCGGGGUACUGCGCCGCCCUGCGCGCCUACUCCCGCUGCACCCGCCGCACCGCCCGCGGUUGCCGCGGCGACCUGGUCUACCACUCCGCCGUCUUCCGCGUGAAGGAGCUCUUCUCCCAGCACAACUGCUCCAGCGAGGGGCCCACGCCUCCCCCGUCCCGGGCUGGGGGGACCCCCACGGCCCCCCCCUACCCCGCUGGGGGGACCCCCCCCAGCGCCCCCGCCCCGCCCCAGCGCUGCGACUACGAGCGGCGGGCCCUGGCGGCCGGGGGCCCCCCCGUCAGCUACGCCCACUGCGCUUUAUUCGGGGACCCCCACCUGCGCACCUUCCGGGACGAGGUGCAGACCUGCCGGGCGGAGGGCGCCUGGCCCCUCGUGGAUAACCGCUACCUGUCCGUGCAGGUGACCAACGUGCCCGUGGCCCCGGGCGCCAGCGCCACCGCCGCCAGCAAGAUCACGGUGAUCUUCAAGGCGUUUGGUGGCUGCACGGAGCCCAAGGUGUACCAGGCCACCAGCGAGGACCUGCCCUCCGUCUUCCUGGACGGGACGCGGAGCGGCGGGGAGGGGGGCAGCCUGUGGAUCGCGGAGCGGGACGGCGAGGGGGCGGCGGCGGCGGAGCAGGGCGGGGCCCGGCGGGUGCGGAUCGAGGCCCGCUACGUGGGGACGUCCGUGGUCGUCCGGCGGGUGGGCCGGUACCUCAGCAUCGCCGUCCGCACCCCCGAGGAGGUCCUGGGCUCGCCCCCCGAGGAGGGCGGGGGGCUGCAGCUGUGCCUGCACGGCUGCCCGCUCGGCCAGCUGAUCGGCGACCACGCCCUGGCCCCGCCCCUGCCCCGCCCGCACCCCGGCCCCGCCCACGAGUGGGCGGCGGCCCGCUGCAGAGAGGCGCUGCAGGUGGAGGACGUGUACUUCCACUCCUGUGUCUUCGACCUGCUCACCACGGGGGACCCCCAGUUCUCGCUGGCCGCUUUCGGGGCCCUGGAGGACCUCAAGGCCCUGCCCCCCAGCCGGCUGGAGCUGGGCUCCUCUGGGACGUCCCAGCUCUAUAGAGGGGCCGCCCCGCACGGGCCGGGGGUCACCCCAACCUCGCUGCUCACCCUCCUCGCCCUGCUCCUGCUGCUUGUGUUGAACUGAAUGAUAAUAGUAACAAUAAUGGUAACAGGUUGAACUUAGCGUGUUUAACUCAAUGUAAGGAGUAAAAGUUUGGGGAUGGGGUACACCUGUCACAUCAGCACAUACAGAUGCUGAGACAGGCUGGGGCCACCGUCAUCCCAACAUUCCCAAAGCAUCAUCACACCCCCCCCCCCCCCUCAGCCACCACCUUAGAUGAGUGCUCCUUUUUUGGGGUGUUUGAACGGGCAUCCAGACUCUUGUAAUGUGAAACAGAGCACGGUGUGUUUUAUCUCCUUUGGAAAAGAUGGUGGGUGUCAGGGAAGCUAAUCCACACAAGCCUUAGCAAACUGAUAUGGCUGUGCAGGAAAUAACCUGCUGUAAACCUGUCGCCUGGAAACGGUGGUCUUGUCAAAAUCUGAGGCAAGGCCGAAGUCCUGCAGCAGUGUAUGCGCAUAUUACGUGCAGUACCGGUAGAAAAAAAUUAAAAAAAAAUAAUAAUAAAAAGCCAUGAAUUUUCCUGGGAAUGUAUCUCGUGAAUAUUUAACGCUUCGGUAAUGUUUAACGCUUUCUUGGAUGAGUCUGUGAUGUCAUAAUAAAGGUAAUUUCGAAUGUACAAGAAUCCAACAACCACGUGAAAAUACUACCUAUCCAUAUUAACGGUUUUUUUUUUUGACAGACAAAAAAAAUCUUUAUAGUACGCCGUAGUGGGGGGUAAAGAUUUCGGGGGAAAGAGACUCAUAUAUCGUUAAUGUAACUGUUGACAGUCUUCUUAAUCUUGCUGUGCUGUGUAAAGAAACAGAUCUUCUUCUUCAGUAAUAUAUUAAAGCAUUGUGUAUAAAUGUUCAAUAAUAUGUAAAUGUGUACAUAUUUUACUUAUAAUUUGACGUAAGCCAUUGACGUUUGUUACCUGUAGCCUAGUUAUUUUUAUUUUGCAUAUUUUUAAGGGGAAAAAUUAAAAUGGAACGAAUGUGCUCACA